AUGCCCAGCAUUAGCAGAAUCCUCGUCCUCUUCGGUGUCGCCGUCGUAUCUUUAGCAGACUCUUGGGGCCCCGCUUUUUCUUUAGGCCCCACUUCCCCCAACUCUGCGGUCAUUGAAAGCUUCACUACGUUUAUUCCGGGGAAACCUCCUACUAACCCGCAAGACGCACUGUUCUUGUGGCCCGGUACUAGCAAUGCGACCAGUGGUCUAAUUCAAUCCGGCGCUGACCAGCUGAGGGAUCAGAAGGCGUAUUGUGGCGCAAAUGCGACUUCGUGGUGUGUUUCGGCGAGUUACUUUGGCGUCGGAGGCCAAAAGAGCGGUCCUCUCGUCCCAGUCGAUGGAAAUACCCCUAUCGACAUCCACUAUAAACUCGCAUCAGAUCAACGCACAUGGGACCAAACCGUAACUGUUAAUGGGAAAGUCAUUUCAACUCUUCAGAGCUUCGACGGACCUCUCAUCCAAGGUGGCUGGGGUACAGGAACUGAAUGUCAAUCCAACUGCCGUGGUACCAUCUCAACUCAGACGUACAAGAACACGAAAAUCAUCCUAUCUCGUGCUGACCCUGAUUUCAAGAAUACGCUGGGUGUUGGAGGUGGGGUUCAGCAUACUGGAUUGACAACGCCGGAUGGGGGAAAGACGUGGACGGUUACUCAGAUUACGAUUCCGCCUUAUACGGCACCUUGA